CUUGCACUUGCAUUCCCCCUCUCCCACUUUGGAUCUAUUCAAAUCACAGAAUACUGACUGUAACUGUAGUCUGUGAUUCAAAUAUAAAAUCGUUGAAAGUACAGAAUUUUUACGAGAAUCAGGAAUAUAACACACGUAAAAAAUAGAAACAUUUUAUUUAAGGCAAAUUGUUAAAAGAAUGGGAGAGAAAAUCAAAGAGUCCAAUAGUGAAUUUGUGGGUUUAGGCCAAUGUGUUCCAUAUUCCAUCGAGUUAUUUAAGAAAAACGAAUUUCAUAAGGUGAGGUUAAAAAAUGUUUAUGAUCCCUCAAAAUUUUGGAUAGUGAUCAAAUACAAUGAACUGCAACUUUUCACCAACUACCUAACGGCCUAUUAUAACAAAAGUGAUAGAAAAGUGAUUGUACCUAAAAUAGAAUUGAAACAUGGACUCACUUGUAUUAUAUUGAAAAAUUCAAAAUUCUAUAGAGCUAAUUUGUUACCAGCGCUUCUACCAGAGAACAAUAAACUUCGAGUUUUCCUACUUGAUUAUGGGUGUAUUAUCAGUGUUGAAAUGAGUAAUGUAUUCUAUAUGCUAAAGAAACAUUGUAAUGUUCCGAGGUUUUCAAUCAGAGCAACAUUAGCAUAUAUCUCACCUGCAAAUCAGUAUAAACCUUGGUGCUCAACUGAUCUUCAUCGUUUCUGCGAAUUGUUAUCAGAACAGGACCUGUCAAUUAAAGUAAUGGAAAUUGACUUUAAUUUGAAGAUUUUACAUGUAGACAUCAUUAGAAUUAAUGAUAGUAUGGGAGAGUCCAUAAAUAAUCUCUUAGUAAAAUCUGGUAUUGCUGGUUAUAGUCAGCUGAUCGAGGAGAGUAAAGAGAAAUCAAAAUACAAAAAUAAAGUCAAAUAUAUGCAUCUAUGUCCUUCUUUCAAUGCACUGGAGCGGGGUGGUGUUCCGUCAUCAUUAUGGGAACAAAACUUAUUGAAAGAUGUUCACUUGAAUCUACUCUACAGUUAUUAUCAGUUGAAAAAUGAGAGGUUUGGUGUUACUAAUUAGGACUAUUGGUUAUUAUUGAUAAUUGACUUGAUGAUUGAUUGGUACAUUUGGUACUGUUUCUUAGUUUAGUGUUGAAUUAAAAUCAGGAAGGUUUUUCCAAAAUCUUAUAAAAAUUUGGCCAAAAAUUGAGAUAUCACAUUCCAUUUUCCAUGACCACGAAAUAAUAGAGGAAAGUUCCUAAUUAUUUCAAUCCUUAUUAUCAAGUAAACCAUCAUAAAUAUUCAGUGAAAAUGGUAAGGUACCUAAAAAGGUAGAGAUAAUUCAAAAUAUAACUAGGGUUAAGUAUACAAAUAUUGAGUAACAUUUAAUCCUUUUAUUUUUUGACAAAAUAGAAAAAUAAAAUCACUUGAUAAGAUUUUGUAAAUUGAGGCUGUGAAAAUUCCACAUAUGAGAAAGUUUUUUUCUAACCUAAAAACACAUUGUUCAACCAUUGUUGAUAUUUGUCGAUUGAGUCGUCUGUUGAUCACAUAGAUGGGAUCGACAGGUUUGUCCUUUAUGGACAGUUGAGUCCAACAAUGCAUUCGUGGUUCAGCCUAGCACUAGUAGUGAGACCAUGGUGGGUCAAAACAGUGUUGGAUCAUGAAUGCUUUGUUUUCUUUCGGCUCUGGUUUCAUCAAAGAUUGAGUCAUGAAGAACUUACCUCUUUUUUUUGAAGAUCAUGGCGCAGUUGGAUAUCAUCAUGAUCAAUUUAAGAAAUCUAAUAACUGAAAACCUUCAAGUGGUAUUUAUAUUUUAGAUAAUAAUGGAUUUUUAUUGAAAUAAAGAUAUUUUUGCAAUAAAUCUUUUCAGGUCUACAAGUGUAUUCAUAUUACCUUAGGUUAAGAAAUUUGUAUCAGUUUUUUGGCUGGGAUCAUAAGUAGAAAAAUAAAACUAUCGGCUAUG